AUGGGUUCAAUUGUUUUAGUGAUAUUUAAAAUUUUUUUAAUUAAUUCUUUAAUAUUUAUACGAAUAAUUAAUAGUGAUGAAUUAAAUUUAUUAAAUACACCAUCAGAUAGAAUAUUCAAAAAUGAUAUUAAAAAUCCAAAUUAUACAACAUAUAAAUUACAAGUACCAGGAUCAAAUUCAAUAACAAUUGUAGAGGCUAUUAAAAAAGAAAAUAAACCAAAUAUGGCAAUACAAAAGAAGGAUCUAAAUAAAUGGAAUUAUUCAAAUCAAGAAAAUAUAAAUGCAACACCUAGUUUAUUGGAAAAAUUUUUAUCAGAAUAUAAUUUUAAAAUAAAUCCAAGUGCACCAUCAAAAGAAUUUUUACAAAAUAUUUCGAACAUAAAACUAUCACAUAGAGAUAACCGAUAUAACGAACAUUAUUUUGAUCAAAGUGAAACUGAAAAUUCUGAAGAUUAUUUUAACAAUAAAUAUGAUAAUCAGCAGUUUUAUCAACAAGACUUAAUAAAUCAACAAAACUCUCAUACAAAUAUUCCGAAAAAUUAUUAUAAUUUAUUGAAUACACAUGAAAAUUCGGAAAUAAUUUCAUCAACUGAAUCUGAUCGUUAUUCAGAUACAAAAGCAGAUAAUAAAAAAUGGACAAGUUUACAACCUGUUCAUUGGUCUAAAUCACAAGUUUUAAAAUGGAAACCAAAAAAUAAAGUUUUACAAACAUAUUCAACUUCAAAUCGUUACAGUUAUAUGAAUAGAGAACCGGAUGAUACUAGAAUACCAUCAUUAAGAAGAAAAUGGACUAAUAGUUAUCAUGAUUUUCCUGAAACAUAUCAAAAUAGAGACAAGGAUUAUUUAAAUUUUAAUGGUAACAUAAUGGAAGCAUAUAAUAAAUAUCCAAAUUUAGGAAAUGAAAAUCUAAAUGACUUUGAUCAGAAUUCACAAAAAUUGCAUUCAAAUUCAAAACCUACAAGAAAUCCACAUAAUGGAAAUAAUUAUUAUGAACGUCCGGAAAUUGAGGUUUCAUCAAGUUAUGAUCGUUAUUAUGAUUAUGGACAUAGACCAGAUUUUGAAUCUGAUUAUAAUCAUGAAAAUCACAAAAAUAAUUAUAAUAUGAAAAAUCCAUUUUCAACAACUCCCUAUAAUAAUAAUUAUGAUGAUUUUGACACCGCAGCCAGCUCUCAACAUGCUACAUUUAUUACGCCUUACAAUAUUAAGAGAGUUAAACCACAUUACUAUUAUGGACAUCAUCAUGAUAAUACACAAACUCGAAAUUUUUUAAAAGAUCGAAUUCCAAAUCCAAAUCUUUCUGAUAGUAAUGGUGAAUGGAUUCUGGUUACUUCAAAUAAAGGUUAUGAAAAACCUUUAAAAUCAUCAAGACCAACACGUUAUACACAUAACACUUCAAAAAAUUCUUCAUUAAUAACUACAUCUUCUCAACCCAUUUUAAGUAUCUUAGACAGUAAACCACCAAUUACUAAUUUUAGAACACAUAAAUCAGUAAAAUUGUAUGUUCUUCCAUCUAAUAGUAACGAAACAAUCAACUUAUCACAUAAUGGUCUUCUUGAGGUUGAUAAAUCAUCAGAAACUGUAGAGUCUUCUGUUGCAGAAACGGAUAAAAAGAAAGGAACUAAGCGUAAAGUUAAACAAAUGAAAUUGAUAUCAGUUCCAGUCAGUAAUGUUCAUACUGAUCAUUCAGCAGUUCUUGCCGCUGUAGGUGCUGGAAUGGUACCAGCUACUAUGGCAAUGUUAAUGCCAAUGGUAUUGGGUAGAAGAAAACGCAGCAUAAUAGCAUCGAACCAAAGAAAUGAAAGUUAA